GGUGAUGUAGUUCACGGGGCCGGGACAGCCAAGGCAAAACUCUUACUUCAUUCUCACCGGGGCACCGUUUGUACCCCCUGAAACCGCGGCCCCCCAAACAGCCUCCGACCCCGAACUCGUCUGGAUCCAUGGUUAAGGCUGCGGUGCUGGCUCUGGGCUCCGGGUGAAAGACUCGGUUUCCCAGGCUGCCCCGGUUUCCCUCCCCACCCGCGCCUUCCCUCUUCCCUCUGCAGUCCCGAAGCAGCCUCGGUGUUGUUGUUGCGAUAAUGAUGGCGGCGGCGGGAUCCGGAUCAGCGGCUGGGGGAGGAUUGAGCACCGCGGCGGCGGCCCGGGGCCGCUUCCCGGGUCGGCCGUGGGGCUCCCGGAGUCUCUUGCGUUCAGAGAAGCGCUCCCAGGUCGGCAGGCGCUCGGUUGAUCACGGGGAGACGCCCGCGGGAGGCGCCAGGCCUUGCAGCCUCGGGGUUGCGCCAAACGAAGACCCGUCUUUGAUCCGGCUGCUCGGGCUAGCGGCGAACCACUGCCGCCUCCGACAGGCCGGGUACAGCUCCAGCGGCAGCGAGGAGGGAGAUGAUUUCCCAGGCUUUGGCUCAGACGAGGUUAUCAAGAGUCCCCUGCGCUCUGGGCAUCGCUAUCACAGAAGCAAAGCUCCAAAAACAUCAGCCUCAGUGGACAACUUCUCGAAACAGUCCCGUGAGAAACCACCGCCCCCCGCGCCCGACCCAGGAGAGGCGAGGACGGCGUCCGCCAGUAAAAUCUCCAAAAAGGUUUAUUCUGGGACUCUGAAAAAGGGGGGGCGCGUUCCCCCCUCCCCGAAACAGAAAACUGCGCUUUCGAAGCCGCAGAAUAAAGGAAGGACUGGUCUGAAAGGGGAGAGGGCUGCCAGCCUGCCUCCGAAGGCAACAAAAAAGGGAGCUCCUUCCAGAGCAAGUCAGAAGAACAAGCCCAGCUCCUCGAGGGCCAACGCAGCCUCUGGGAGAAGCCCUGCAAAGCCCCGGAUCACUAUCAAACUCGCGGGCAGGAAGAGCAGCAGGAAGAGCAGCAGGAGAGUUGCAGCUGCUGCUGCUGGCAAGAAGCCCAUGAAGAAGCUGAAGGUGGUGGGGUUCAAGUACGUGUCCAAGGCCAAGAAGCUCACAAGCAAGCAGCUCCCCAUAGCUGACGUCAAGUUAAAGAAAGGCAAGAACUCUGCCGACGGGGGGCUGGAGCCCGAGAAAAGCAAGAGGACGCGGCAGCAGCGACCUGCCCAGGGCAAAAAGACGGAGGUGAGAACGGAGGGCAGAAAGGCCAAGCCGGAAGCGAAGAGGGAGAGGGAACGAGCAGCGAAGGCUGCCGGCGCGGUGCCGCAGAGUGCCCGGGAAGCAGGAGAGGGGGGGUCAGCCGACCUUCCUGGAGGGCCUUCCGACGGUCCUGCCGCCGUGGUCGUCGUCACGAAGGCCAGUAAGGUCAAGAGGAAUCUGAAGAUAGGGAAAAUCCUGGGGCUGAAACUGAAGAGAGUGCGCAACCCGGAGGAGCCCGGCCAGGACAGCUCGGCCCCGCAGGCCUCCGACAGCGCCUCCUCCUCCUCCUCCUCCUCCUCCUCGAAACGAAAGCAAAACAAGUACGUUUGGACGUUGACUUUGGUGAAAGGGAAAGGGAAGGCGACCAAGGUGCUGCGUUCUGCGGGGCUUAAGAAGAAAAAGCCGACGGGAGAGGGAGAGCCGGAGGAGGACCCAGCCGUCGAGGGAGACCGAGGAGGGGUCGUCGAGAGCAAGCCGGUAGGGUCGGCUGAAGAUACAGCAGAGAGGAAACGAGGCACACGGCAGCAGUCUUUGGGGAGAAGGACAGGCAAGUUAACUGAGAAGGAGGUGGUGGUGGCGGGAGAGCCGACUCCAGACGCAGAAGCCUCUGACCCUGACCCAACCCCAGCCAACCUAGCCCCAGUCCCAGCUGACCCAGAGAUUGUCGAGAAGCCCCUAGAGCCCCUGGUCUCCUCUCGGAAGAAGCGAGCCGCUAGGCGACUGUCGUUAUCAGUCAGGCGGAAAGCAAAGGCCAGGGGGUCCAAAGUUGAACCCGCGGUUGGGAGCGACGCAAAGACUGUCUUGGAACCGGAACCGUCGGCAGAGUCGGACGUGCCACGGGGACCCACCGCUGUCGGGAAGAAACGGCCCCGGCGCCCGAGGUCCACCGGCAGGCGGAAGGCGAGGCCACAACAGGCGGGUUCGGGAAUGGAAAUCCCCUCCGUUCCUGCGCUCUCGUCCCCAGAGCUGCUCGACCCGGCGGUCGCGGAGAGUCCUGUCGGAGCUGCGCCUACGCUGUCUCCAAAGCAAAGGCGGAAAAGAUCAACGGCGCCAACCAAGUCCGGGGGUGCUGAACCCAAACCCGAAUCCGAUCCGGCGGACUGUGGUGCCGAAGGCCCCGAGAUGCAGGCCCGCUCCACAGACCUGAUCCUGGUCUUGGACCCCCCUGUUUCCGAAACUCGGUCGGAAUCGGCUGUGCGAAAUUACGCGAGAAAGCCGUGCAGGAGACGAAGGCCGGCCGCCAGACGGAGAAGGAAAGCUGAGGUCCGCUUGCCCAGGGCCGAAGGUGAAGAGGCUGCGUCUUCGGUCCCGCUGGCUAGACAGAGGCUGGCAGGCGUGGUGAAAGCCAAAUACAUGCGGAAGCUGCCCACCCCCUUCCUGCUUGCCAAAAGACCAAGGGGGAGGCCUCCGUCCCUGACCAAGCGGACUCAGAGGGAGCUAGCCCAGCAGCUGCUCUCCAACGCAGAGAAAGGCGGCGACGGCGGCAGCCAGCAUCCCGCCUCCAAGGACCUCCAGCGGGGGAAGUCGAAAUUCCUGAAGAACAUCCGGCACUUCAUCAUGCCCGUGGUGAGCGCUCGCUCCUCCAGGGUCAUCAAGACCCCCAAGAGGUUCAUGGACGACGACGGGAUGUCUGUCCUGCCCCGGAAGAGCACCCCCAAGAAGCCCCACGGCCGGAUCGCCCGAGAGGCGAGUAAAGAAGCAGACGAAGGAGGAGAAGGAGACAAGGAAGAUGACGAUGAUUACCAGUAUCCUGAACAGUUCUCCCCAGAGGUGGAUCUCUCUUCCGGGGACCAGGAAGCCUUUGACCUGUGCGACCGGCAAGCAACUGGAGAGGAUCCAGGGCGAGGUGGUUUGGAUUCCAGGCUUGCAUCUGAUGCCGCUGCCUCGCCGGCCUUGCCGUGCAAGCGCAGGUCAGCGCUCAGGGAGCCCACCUUCAGGUGGAGCAACUUUGACAACUCGGCGGGAGAUGUUUUCUCCUUGGUCGGGAAGCAGGCUUUCGACGACUCCAUCAAGCUCCCGGAAGUAAUUCUGGCUUCUCCCAGCCCGAAACGGGCUGCGUCGGCCCAGAUGUCCCACCGCGAAACCCACCUGAAGAUCUACGAGUCUCUGAAGAAGCUCACCGUCCGGGCGGGCAGGAGAGCCAAGGUGAAGGUGAAGGAGGAGGUGGAAGAGAGGCCGGAGAGUUCCCCUGCUCUGAAUUUGGAAGCCGCUCCUUUAGACCUGGAUGAUGACCCCGAACCGGGGCACCUGACCCUCUCCUUGCCGGCUUCUGACAGGCUGCUCCAGGAGAGCCCGGAGGAGGACCUCCCGGAGAAAGAGAAGCUGAAGAUCGAGGACAUGGACUCACCCGGGGUGGUGCGGAAAGUGGCCGUGCGGCUCCGCUCUCCGGGGUCUGAGCUGCUGCUGGGAGAGGGCUCGGACGAGGCUGUCGAGGAAGCCGACCAGAGCACGGGAAGCGACCGGGUGGAGGUGGAGGAAAGGGGCACCUCUCACAAGAUCCGGCUCACCGGAGCCAACAAGAGGAUGUUUCACCUGCUCAAGAGGGCCAAGGUUCAGCUCAUCAAGAUUGACCAGCAGAAGCAGCUGAAGUCCACGCAGUUGCUGUUGGGGACUCUGAGUGCCGGUUCCAAGGAGCCUCCCGGCGCUGUGAAGAGGAGGAAGGUCGUGAGGAAGAGGAAGGCUCGGCUGGAGAGUCCCCCGCAGGAGGAGAGCGCCCCUCAGGAGCCGGCUCCGGCAGGACCCCGGAUCAAGCAUGUGUGUCGAGACGCAGCGGUGGUCCUGGGGCAGCCGCGUGCGAUGGUCCCCGACGACGUCCCUCGACUCAGCGCCCUGCCGCUGCACGAGAGGGACGGCAUCGCAGCCUCGCCCCGCGCAGAGGACACAGCCUCUGCCUCCGAGCCCGAGGCUGCUCCCCCCCCGGACCCGCGCCCUGUCAAGAUGAAGAGAUCCUCCGGCGGCCGCUGCUUCCAGUACGGGAAGAGGAACGUGCGCUGCGGGACUUGCAAGGGCUGCCUGCACCAGCUGGACUGCGGAGAGUGCGUCAACUGCCUGGACAAGCCCAAAUUCGGGGGUCCCAACACCAAGAGACAGUGCUGCGUGUUUAAAAAGUGUGACGAGAUUGAAGAGAGGAAGCAAAUGCGUCUGGGCUACAGGAACAACAGAAGUCUCCCGCUAAAGCGUCGGCGGUCGUCCGCGAGCGCGUGCCCCACGAGCGACGACGACGACGAGGCUGGCGUGGCGGCGGAGCUGAGGAUGCCCGACUCCCGCAGCCCCUCCCUGAGGACCCAGCCGCGCCGCUGUGCGAAGCAGCGCUCGUACUGCAGCCUGCUGGAGUCGGACGACUCGGAGCUGGAGAUGCUGCUGGCAGCCUCCCACUCCACCUCCCCCGGCCGCAGGAGAGCCAGCGGACACAGAGGAGACUUUGCUUCCUUGGACGGCAGCGGGCGGGGCGGGGACUCUGAGGAGAGCGGCAGUCGGCUUCGCAGAGUGAACAUUCCCAGGAAUCUGCAGGGGAGACGGAAGCCUGACAAGAGUCAGCUGGACCAGACUCCUCCCAGUGUGCUUGCUGCUCUGGUCAAUGGCUUCACUCGAAGAGAGAAGGAGCCCUCCAGCCCGGUGCACAAGAUCAGGGUCGACUUCAAGGAGGACUGUAACCUCAGGAACACGUGGCUGAUGGGAGGGCUCAGCAUCCUGGCUUCGGUGCCUGUGAUGCCCCAGUACGCCUGCCUGCUGUGUGCCAGCAAGGGCCAGCACGAGAUGCUGCACUGCCAGGUCUGCUGUGAGCCUUUCCACCGCUUCUGCCUGGACCCCGGGGAGCGCCCCCUGGAGGACAACGAGGAGAACUGGUGCUGCCGGCGCUGCAAGUUCUGUCACGUCUGCGGCAGGAAGAGCAAGCAUUCCAAGCCCCUUCUGGAGUGUGAGCGAUGCCAGAACUCGUACCAUCCUGCCUGCCUGGGACCCAACUACCCUAAACCCAACAAGCGGAAGAAGUCAUGGGUGUGCAUGACGUGCAUUCGCUGCAAGAGCUGCGGAGUGACCCCUGGGAAGAGCUGGGACUUGGAGUGGAACCACGACACCAGCCUGUGCCCUGACUGCACCAAGCUCUACGAGCAAGGUAACUACUGCACCAUCUGUUCCAAGUGCUAUGAGGACAACGACUACGAGACUCAGAUGAUCCAGUGUGCCAAGUGUAACCACUGGGUGCACGCCAAGUGCGAGGGGCUGUCAGAUGAGCUCUAUGAGAUCCUGUCCAGUCUCCCGGAGAGCGUGCUCUAUUCCUGCAGGCCCUGCAGCGAGGGCCAGCCCAGCCCGUGGAGGGAGGCUCUGAGCUCGGAGCUGCAGGCCGGGAUCAAGAACGUGCUGCUGGGCCUGCUGAGCUCCAGACUGACCCUGCACUUGCUGCGCUGCAGAGAGUGCUCGGAGGUGACGGAGUGUGACAGCGGCUUCGAGGGCAGCCUGGCCUGUGACCUGCAGGCGGUCGGCAAGAAGUUUGACAAGGGCCUCUACACCUCCGUGAAAGCUUUCCACGAUGACGUCGUCCAUGUGAUCCGGACACACCUCGAGGAAGAAGCGAAACUCCCGCCGGAAGAGAGAAGAACUUCGCUGGCCAGGUCCUUCUACCUGAAGCUGUUGGAGAGUUUUUUCUGCUGGUUUAAUGCCCAGGAUCCCAAAGCGUGGGACCCCUGUUCCAAGACCCUCCCAAACGGCAUUCUCCCGAACGCAGUGCUCCCCCCCUCCGCGGAGCACAUGUACGCGCAGUGGAGGGAGCGCGAGGGCCAGCACACGCCCGCUGAGCCCCGAGCCGCUGCGCCGGAUCUCAAGCCAGACCCGACGAGCACACCACGGUGGACACCCCUGCACAGGUCCGAGGGGAGGGCUGCGAGAGACAAGCCCAAAGGGAGGAGAGGACGCCCACCUCUCGUUGAGCCCGAUACCAGCUGGAGCAAAGAGGACCAGAGGCAGUGCUGUCUGUGCCUGAAGUACGGGGACGACCGAGCCAAUGAUGCGGGCCGGCUCCUGUACCUGGGCCAGAACGAGUGGGCUCACGUGAACUGCUCCCUGUGGUCCGCGGAGGUGUUUGAGGAGGAGGGCGGCGCGCUGAUGAACGUGCACGCGGCCGUCGCUCGCGGGAGGCAGAUGCGCUGUGAGAAGUGCCACCAGCCGGGUGCCACGGUAGGAUGCUGCCUGACCUCCUGCCAGGGCAACUACCACUUCAUGUGCGCCCGCUCCCGGAACUGCGUCUUCCAGGAGGACAGGAAGGUGUACUGCCAGCGGCACCGGGAACUCACCAGCGGCAAGACUGUCUCGGGCGAGGGUUUUCAGGUGCUGCGCCGCGUCUACGUGGAUUUCGAGGGGAUCAGCUUGAAGAGGAAGUUCCUGACUGGCCUGGAACCCGAGUCCAUCAGCAUGAUGAUCGGCUCUCUGCAGAUUGUCAAACUGGGCGUUCUGACGGAGCUGUCUGUUUACCAGGGGAAGCUGAUUCCAGUCGGAUACCAGUGUUCACGGUGGUACUGGAGCACGCUGGACCCCAGGAGGCGCUGCAAGUACACCUGUCGAGUGACGGAGGUCCGACCGACAGCUGUGGAGAAGCCAGUGGAAGAGACUCCGGAGCAGGGAGACAACCACACCAUUGCACACAGCCCCAGUGCAACCCCAGAUCCAGCGCCUGAGAGAGAGAUGCCCCCGCCCGUGGAGACUCCGUCAAGCCUGCUGGCUCCGGUUUCUAAACCAGAGUCUGGGGCGCGUAUUAAAAUCAGUGGCUACUCCCAGACCCGCCGUCCAGCAGGGGGGCUCUACCGGCCUCUUCCAUCGCCAGGGAGUGCCCAAUCCAAGUCCCAUCACAUCCCGACCGUCAGCGACCUGGACGAAACGACCAUAACCAGGCGGCCGCGAAGACACAGCCCGCUCUCCCACCACGCUGCGCCCCGUGGCCGCAUGGCCUCCCCGCCUUUAGGAGGCAGCACCCCUCACUCCUCAGGACCCAUAACUCUCAGGGCAGGGGCUUUGCACUCUAAAGCUGCCGGUCUAUCCCCUUACGAGAGUCCCGUUACCUCCCCCCAGUCCCGUUCCGGCAGUCGCUCUACCUCUUCUAUGAUUGUUUUGGGGUCUACAGCAUCUGCUAUUUCUGCCCACCUGUCUACCUCAGAGUCUCCCCUCCACGGCUGGCAAGGCGGCAGUCCCAAAGCCGGGGGCGGUGGCUUGUGUUUCUCCCCCCUGGGCCCUGGAAGCCAGCUCCCCAAACCGAAGCCCUUCGACUCGGAGUUCGGGAUCCUCCACCAGGAUUCCCCGGAGGUGCCCCACGACUUCCUGGAGCCCUCCGACACGGACCUGGCCGGAGCCAACGGCUCUGCCUCCUCUCCGGACCACGCCGGCCCCGGGCAGGAAGCGCGGAUCGUCUGCGAGCAGGACUUCCCCUACGCUCCCCACUUCGACGUGGAGUCUGUCCUGAACGUGGCCGAAGACCUGGAGUUCGACGAGAGCCUCCUGAACGACGACCUGGCCUUGCACUGCGGGGCCCACAUCGUGGUCGGGGAGGUAGCUGAGAACCAAGACCCCGAUUUCGGUAGCGGAUGUGCUGGCAGCAACCAAAAACGAGCGCUCAUCAGAGGCAGACCGCAGGGGGGUGCAGAGGACUGGGGGAACUCUUCUUCCGAUGAGGACAUGGAUAACUAUUACGACUUCACCCGCACCGUGGUUGCCCACGGGCCCCCUAAGGAGGCUGGGGAGGUGGCGGCUGCAGCAGAACCCCCAUCUCUAGGGGCUAUCAGCCAGCUGGAUGGCGUGGAUGACGGUACGGAAAGUGACGCCAGCGUGGCCCCUGCGACCGACGGGUCUAAAACCUCCAAGACAGUCGCCGGCUCUUCCGCGGAGCAGAAGGCACCUGGGCUGGCCGGGUUUUUGGACGAUGUGGAAACGUCUUUUCAACCGAGCAACGGGCUGGAGAAGGAACAACAGUGUGGAGAGCCUCAGUGUCCGAUGUCUACCGUGAGCGCGACAGCGGCGCUGGUGGAAUCAACGGAAGCAGCUGCAGGGACACCCGAUCACUUGAAGGCUCCUCCAGGCACGGCAGCAUCUGAGGAGGUUGCCUCCCAUCCCAAACUGGGCAGUCCCUCCAGUGCCGAGGUCUGCGCCAUGGACCCGGCUCAGGAAAGCAGCCCUUCGUCCUCCGAUGCUCCCAGCAAGGCUUUGGAAGAUCCAGUCCUUGGUGAUUCCACGUCUAAAGAAGCACCGUCGGAGAGCGUUGAUCUUCAAACCACAGUAAAGUCAGCUAAGGCUCUGGCACCUUUGGAUACCUCCUCCUCCUCUCUGCUUCCAGAAGCUCCCAAGGAUGUUUUUCUGGAUCCCAGCAGUGGACACUUUGUCUCCGCAGAGGACGGCUCCCUGGUGUCUUUCGAAACACCGGAGCGCAGCGCUUCACUGUCGCUUGGAGCAGAUUGCUCGGACCCUCCUAAAGAUGGCAGUCUCUCCUGUGCGCAGCUUUCUGUGGCGCCCCCUGAAGCAAGUAGUACUUGCAGCAGCGUCCCAGUUACACAGCUCUAUCUUACAGCCACUGCCCCUCCUAAAAUCAGCACGGGACCAGUUACACAGGCUUCAGCCGUCCUUCUGAAAGCAAGCCACGUUCCGCAAACAACAGCAGCGUCAGUAGUGCCGCCUGGUAGGGCGACCCAUUCCCCAGUAAUACUGGGUUCGAAAGACCAUCUCAAACCCGCGCCUGCAAUACGUGCCCUUGUGACUCCUCCUGCCCCCCAGACCACGCAGCCCCUGCAGUCUCCGCUCCCCAGAGGUCUGGUUUGCGUUUCCACUGCCAGCUCAGUUACCCUGGCAUCGUACAGCCAGCUGUCUCUGCCCAUCUUCUCCUCCCAUUCUGUGCCUCCAGGGACCCCAGCUGUUACCAUCGUUUCGUCGGCCCACGCGGGAGUCCAGAGCCCGGAAGUGAAGAGAAGGGAGGUAGCGCUCUGCCAGCCCGUCAGGCCCGCCGCUCCCAUAUUGAUUAAUGGCUAUGGCUCCGCUGUCCCGGUUUCCAGGGAGCAGCAGCAGCCGGCUCCGGCUCCUAGAGGCAGAGUGAUCUCCCUGAACCUCAGCACCCCGCAGCCCCAAGCCACGGCCCCUGCGCUAUCGGGGCACACCCUGCUCACGGUGAGGGAGGUGGGGGGCCAGAACCCGGACAGCAACCCUCAGGUUCUGCUGGUCAACAAGUUCGGCCAGAUCUUCGUGAAGAACCCCACUGACAACACUUUCCAUCUCCCCGGGGCCAACUCGCCCUCCCUCAGCUUCAUCGGGCAGAUCAAGUCCCUGCUUCAGAGCAACGCCCUCGCCAGCACUCUGGCGGCUUCUGGGAACCUCUCCGCCAUGGGGGGAGGCCAGGCCGCACACCACAGCCCUCUUUCCCCAGUCGGGUUCAGAGCUGCAGCUGCUCCAGCUGCUGUUGCUGCUUCUAGCUCCCCCCUGGUGCAGCGCCUCGCAGCAGGCCAGGGCCCCGCGACUCGGUACAUCGCAUACUCCAGCAGUGGUGGCGGGGCGCCCAGCAUAGAGGACCUCCAAAAGGCACCAAAGCAGCCCAAAAGGGCAUCCCCGUUAAAGGCGUCUGUCUCUCUGACGAAACCGAAACCAGCGUCUGUCUCAGUCUGCCAGUCCAACUUGGGGCAGCUCUAUGUCCAGUCUCAGCCGACUCCGCCCCCCGGCCCUAUUGGGGUUCCCUCGUGGACCGUCCGUGACCCGAUGAUGAACCUGCUGCCCGCGGUCAACCUGGUGGCUGGCAGGAGCACUGGGAUGUGGAGCCCGCCUCCGCCCAGCAUGGCACCCAACAUGGGACCCCGCAUCCUGAGUGCGACCUCCAGCUCGGGACCUCUCUUCAGGGUCCCUCCAGCCCUGAGCCGGGCCGACACGCUCAAACCCUCGGCCCCCGGGUUGCUGGAGCCGAUCCCUUUUGCGCUCGCUGCCCUCCAGAGGCCUCGAACCCAAGUUCGCAUCAAGAGGGUCUCCUCGCUGUCAGACCGCAUUGCCAUCAAGAAAUCGAAGAUGGAUCUGGAACCAGUGGAGAGCGCCGGCCUGCUGGAGAACAUCCAGCACGCUGUCAGCGGCUUCACAGCCUCCAGUAAACUGUGCAGAGUCCGCAUGAAGACCCCCACGGUGAAAGGUGUGCUGGAUUUGGACAAGCCCAGAGGGGAGAGGCUCAGUGACUCGGAGAACGUGGGACCUGCACCUUGGGACUCCAUGUCUGCCCGGCUCCCUGAUCCCAAGAACGAGAGGCUGAGGGACUGGCAUGGAGUGGGAAGAAGUUCCCUGACGGACUGGACUAAAUACUCCGGCGCCGCGUCGAGCUCUGAUGAGGAGGGUCUCUUUCCCGAUCCCGAGGAAGAGGGGGGUGCGUCGGCGAAGGACCGGCCCCACCUCCGCUUCGAGAUCAAGAGUGAAGAUGGCUUUCACAUCCAGGCGGACAGCAUCGAAGUGGCCUGGAGGGCGGUGGUGGACCGGGUGCAGGAAGCCAGAGCCGCUGCCAGACUCAAGCAGCUCUCCUUCGCAGGGGUGAGCGGGGUGCGGAUGCUGGGAAUGCUUCACGAUGCCGUGCUCUUCCUGGUGGAGCAGCUGUUCGGUGCCAAUCUCUGUUCCCGGCACAAGUUCUGCUUCCACAAGCAGGAGGACCUGGAGGAGGAGCUGCCCAUCAAUCCCAGCGGCUGUGCCCGGGCCGAGGUGUACCUCAGGAAAUCCACUUUCGACAUGUUUAACUUCCUGGCCUCCCAGCACCGGCAGCUCCCGGACAUCGUGGCCUGCGACGAGGAAGAGGACGAGGUUCCUCUCAAGUCCACCAGGCGGGCCACCAGUCUGGAGCUCCCGAUGGCCAUGAGGUUCCGGCACCUGGAGAGGUCUUCGAAGGAAGCCGUGGGAGUGUACAGGUCUGCUAUCCACGGGCGAGGUCUCUUCUGCAAGCGCAGUAUCGACGCCGGGGAGAUGGUGAUAGAGUACUCGGGAAUUGUCAUCCGCUCCGUGCUGACGGACAAACGAGAGAAAUACUACGACAGCAAGGGGAUUGGCUGCUACAUGUUCCGCAUCGACGACUUCGACGUGGUGGACGCCACGAUGCACGGCAACGCGGCGCGCUUCAUCAACCACUCCUGUGAGCCCAACUGCUACUCGCGGGUCAUCAACGUGGAGGGCCAGAAGCACAUCGUGAUCUUCGCCACGCGCACCAUCUACAGGGGAGAGGAGCUCACCUACGACUACAAGUUCCCCAUCGAGGACGCCAGCAGCAAACUGCACUGCAACUGUGGGGCCAAACGCUGCCGCCACUUCCUCAACUAGCAGGACAGUGAGACUCCCAGAGAGGGGUGGAGUCCAGGGAGGGACGGGGAACAGAGACUCCCAGAGAGGGGUGGAGUCCAGGGAGGGACGGGGAACAGAGACUCCCAGAGAGGGGUGGAGUCCAGGGAGGGACGGGAACAGAGACUCCCAGAGAGGGGUGGAGUCCAGGGAGGGACGGGGAACAGAGACUCCCAGAGAGGGGUGGAGUCCAGGGAGGGACGGGGAACAGAGACUCCCAGAGAGGGGCUGGAGUCCAGGGAGGGACGGGGAACAGAGACUCCCAGAGAGGGGCUGGAGUCCAGGGAGGGACGGGGAAAGACUACUACCUGAGAGGGGCUGGAGUCCAGGGAGGGACGGGGAACAGAGACCAUAGUUGGGGUUCGGGGUUCAUGGAGUGUAGAGGCUAAGACAGACACUCCCCCCCCAUUGUAAUGACGGGCUAUGCGGGUUUCUUUAGAAGUUGCGUCUGGGUUUUGCGACUCUUCUGAACAGACGCCCCUCCUGACUGACUGACGCAGUGGCGGCUCCUGCUUUCAGCCUCUCGUUUGGUCCUCUUUCCUUAGUGGGGGGAAGGGGAGUCUGGUUGGUUUCACACACCCAGACUGAGUGUUUUAGGGUCUGUAUUUCAAUAACUUAAGACAACAGAAGCUGUUCCAGUAUUGGUGCUAAUCCAGGAGGGGGGGGCUGUGAAAGCAGACAGGAGUGCGUUUCGCCCCCUGCAGGCACUCUAGAGUCCUUACUUUCAUUACUGCUCAUGUUAAUUUGACAGACCCUUUUGCGCUGUUGCUGUUUCUCCACAGAAAGGCCCGCCUUUGGUGCUCUCAGCAAAAACAACCACCUUUUAUAAAGCACUUGCAUUGUUAUCAACAUCGGUUAUUAGUGUUGAAGGAAAGCCCGCAAUGGCUUGGUUAGAUGUUUGGUACUGUGUCUGUUAGCAUGAUUCUUGGGGGUAUUGUAAGGGUGUGCUGGGUCUCGUUCUUCAUUCUUGCUCACCUAGUUUAAAAAGCCACUGCCUGGUGAAAGAUGGUGCUAAGCUUGCUCACAGUGUAUCUCUGUUCCCCCUCCCCAAACCGGACUGACUGCUUGUGACACUAAAUCAGGUUGGAUUUCGCUGGAGAUACUUUGAGUUUAACUGGUUGACGCACUCUUCUGAUGGCAGCUUUUUUGAUAAUCAGCCUGUUUUUGUAUUUUCUCCCCCUCUCCUAAACCAGGGUUGGGAAUGUGAGCUGACUAUCUCUGUGUAGAGAGUCACUUUUUUUAUUUAAAUAUUUUUCUUUAUUUCCGAUUUGUAAAUAGCAUUUACAAAUUUAACUGUAAACAAAAUGUUCAUAGUGUUUGUUGUGGAUUUACAGCUCGGGACAUUCUGCGCUGAGAUUAGGAGAAUUAAAACGAGUGGGUUUUUAUUUUUUUUGUGCGUGUGUUGCUGUUGAAAAAAAAAUACAGAUUAGAUUACCACCUUUUUCUGACCCUUGAUUUGAAACUUCUGCCCUCCUUUAACCCCCUCGAUGGGAGGCUCUGGGGCAGGACUUCCCUGGCAGUGCCCCCCCCACCCGGUAAAGAACAGCCUGCAGUCAGAGCGGUGCCCCUGGAGGUGACUCCCUCGUGAAAGACCCUACCUCAGGCAGGGCACAGGGCUGUGUGUCUGUGCAAUGAAGGAAGUGAAUCUCUCGUUACGUGCUGAAACACACACACACAGACAGGUCCGUAUCUCAGACACGAGAUAUGUGGCUAACUUUAAUUUUUAAACAACACAGCGUUUUUUUGUGAACUGGCUUUGUUACCUUGUAUUAAAAUAAAACCUCUGGUUUUGUACAUAGUCGUGUAAAUAUUUCUAAACCUGUUAAAUUUUUCUAUGCACUUUUUUUUUUUUUUAUUUAUGACGUCAUUUGCCCAAUAAAGAUGUUAAGAUGUUUGAAGAAAA